AUGGCUAAACUGGCUGCAUCAGGCAAGAUCUUCAUAACACUGAACCACAACAUCACCCUCACAGGGAAAGCAUGGCUCAUCUUGGUGGUAUUCCUAAGGAUCCUGGUCUUGCUGUUUGCUGGUUAUCCCCUCUACCAGGAUGAGCAGGAGCGAUUUGUGUGUAACACCAUUCAGCCUGGUUGUGCCAAUGUGUGCUAUGACAUGUUUGCCCCUCUUUCCCUUUUCCGAUUCUGGUUAGUGCAGCUCACCACCCUGUGCCUUCCCUACAUGAUGUUUGUCAUCUAUGUGAUCCACAAAGUGUGUUCUGGCAUAGCUGCUGAUAGCGGAACGUCUGAAUCCAUAAAAGCAGACUCCAUCUAUAAGAUCCAUCAAGAAUCAUUCAGGAAAGCAUCUCUUUGUAAGACCGUUGUGAAGGCUGAGAAGGGGCGGGUGCAGUACUUCACAGGAGCCUACAUCUUGCAGCUAUUGCUCCGGAUACUUGUAGAAGCUGGAUUUGGAGCUGCCCAUUAUUACUUGUUUGGCUUCCACAUCCCCAGACGCGUCAUGUGUCAGCAGCCACCCUGCACGACCAUGGUGGACUGCUACAUCUCUAGACCCACUGAGAAAACCAUCAUGCUGAACUUCAUGUUGGGGGCGGCCGCUUUGUCCUUGCUGCUAAACAUGUGCGACUUAAUCUGUGCCAUCAAGCGCUCCGUGAGGCAAAAAAGCAAAAGAAAGAUGCUGGUGGAGAAGAUGUACGCAGAGGAGCAGUACUACCUGUCCGGGAACGGGAAUCAAGGUGUGGAUGUCAGCAUCCCACCAACUGAAGACGUGAAAGGAUCGGGAGGGUUCCGCAAAAGAGGAGCCAGAAACUCAUCUGGUGAUGAAGCUGCUUCUGUGCUUUUGGACGACGACCCUCCACCACCCUUACCUCUUGGAGGAAUGUCUACAAUUUCUGGAAUGCCUGGUUCCAACAACGAUGAUAGCAGCAGCUACCAACCCACCCAAGAAGAGGGGAUGGUAAGAGAGGGCAGUGAAGUGGCACUGUACCCCACUGAGCCUUUGGGGACUCCUCGAUCCAUCAGAGUUAGCAAGCGAGGUCGUCUCAAACCUCCGCCACCUCCACGAAGAGACAAACUAGCUGCUCAAGGUGCAAUUGAUGUCUCGGGAGCAACAGCGGUGUGUACCCGAAGAGUAGGGCAAUAUACUCUAGUAGAAAUGUCCACUGGUGAAGACAUGGCGAGUUGCAGUGGAGAUGCCCAAGAGAAGAGGUCAGAGUGGGUUUGA